AUCACACAGUCACCGCUGCUCCUUCCUCCUCCCUCUUCUUCCUCCUUCCCGUUGUCACUCCCGGCUGCUGAAACACGCGUUGUAUCCACCGGCCUGAACCAGAUCCGACAAGACAAAAAUCACAGCAAACCAUGAGCGCCGUCGACUUCCUGGCCCAGGAGAAGAUCUGGUUUGAGAAACCUCGCUACGACGAGGCGGAGAGACGCUUCUACGAGCGCGUGAACGGCCCCUCACAAACGACGCAGGAUGUCGGAGCCAACACCAUUCUGCAAGACAUCGCUCGAGCCAGGGAGAACAUCCAGAAGUCCCUAGCAGGACUGAAGACCACACUGUGUAACAGAGGGUCUGGUCAACCUUCCCUGAGCCAACAGUCGCAGCUCAGCAGCAGCAGCAGCAGCCCAGCUGAUCAGGGAGAAAUCAUCUGUCGCAUCAAGAGCCUGGAGCUGGAGAACCACAGCUUACACAAAGUGGUGGAGGACUUGAGGGCUGCGUUAUCUAAACUGGAAUGUCGGGUAGCGGUUCUGGAGAAAUCCCCCGCAGCUGUAACUCUGGCUCCCGCUCCUUCAGUCCCCUACACAAACGGCACUACCGUCCAGCAGAAGACCAGUAACCCGGCUGAAGAGGAAGAGGACGACGACGACGAUAUCGACCUGUUCGGCAGCGAUGAAGACGAAGAGGCAGAGAAACUCAAAGAGCAGAGGUUGAAAGAGUACGCGGAGAAGAAGGCCAAGAAGCCCGGUGUCAUCGCCAAGUCCUCGAUCUUACUGGAUGUGAAACCUUGGGAUGAUGAAACAGACAUGGUGAAGCUGGAGGAGUGCGUGCGCUCGGUGCAGGCUGACGGACUGUUAUGGGGGACGUCCAAACUGGUUCCCGUUGGUUACGGCAUCAAGAAGCUCCAGAUCGCGUGCGUGGUGGAAGACGACAAGGUGGGAACAGACAUGCUGGAGGAGGAGAUCACCAAGUUUGAAGACUAUAUUCAGAGUGUUGACGUAGCGGCUUUCAAUAAGAUCUGAUUCCAGUACGUCUGUUCCUGUCUGUCGUCACGCCUUGUUUCUCUGCUGAUUGUGUCAACGGUUAAUAAUGAUAAUAAUAAUAAUAAAAAGAAACUCUUGCACUGAA